AUGUCCCCUUACACCACUCAACCCGCCAUCUCGGCUUACACCGGCGUCGCCCAGAAGCAGCAGGCUAGGAUGACCACCGCCCAGCCUCCUAUCGCCAUGUCCAGCAUGCAACCGACGGCGGACGCACUGCACGCAUCAGAAGAACAGAGGAAAGAGGAAGAGGCCCUCCGACUACGCGGAGGUGGAUUCAACGACGUCUGUCCCGGUCGAUUCUGCUUCAUCAUCCCCUGCCCUAUUCCUUGCAACUUCUGCGUCUUCCCCAUCCCUUGUUGUUAA